GGUUUAAAGAAAAUUUAUUUGUCAAGGUCUGAAUUGUAGAGCAAAGAAAUAUAAAAGAAUGUAAGAAGUAAUUGUAUCCCUGGUGAAUUUAGUGUAUUCCAGUAAAAAUUAUCGUACAUUUCCCGGUACUCUGUACACAUUUAAGUGUAUGGUAUAUGGUGCAUCUGCGCGUCUGGAAAGCUCCGAUCAAUAGCGAAGAAAGAUAACUAGAGAGCUCGAAUUUCCCGUUUUAGAUUUAUCACAGUCUACGGCGCAUUUGUUCGUUGUCAUCACAGUGGAAUAAGCGCCCUGGGUGAUAGAGUGAGAGUGAACCAGACAAAGAGCUUUUACUCAGUUUUAGUUAUAACAGCAACAAAUAAUAAUAAUAAAAAGACGCAAGCGCAACAAAAAAUUUGAGCACGAGCUGGAUCGCUGGAUGAUCAGACGCGCGAUUUCUCGGCAAUCGUGAGGGUGUCCUCAAAUAGGCAACAACGCCAUUAUUUAAUUUACCUUUCCAUCAAUAUUCAUCAUCACCAUCAUUAUCAACAUUAUCAAUAUCAUUAUCUUCGUGUUAAUUAUAAUUGAUCAAUCGUUUUAAUUAAUCAAUGUGAAAAUUAAUUUAUUUCAAAAAUCAAUUUAAAAAAAAUGAAUUUAUUAUAUUUUAGUAUUGUUAAAUAAUUUAACGACGUUUACGGUUUUAUUACGAGGUCAAUUUGGUGUAUUUAAUUGUAGAAUUGUAGGACAAGAAAUGCUAGACUGAUAACAACAUCAAAAAUAACAACGACGAGCAAAGGAACAAGGAAAAAAAAAUGCUUAUUAAAGAGUAUAGGAUACCACUUCCUCUCACCGUAGAGGAGUAUCGAAUCGCUCAACUUUAUAUGAUUGCUAAAAAAUCAAGAGACGAAAGCAAGGGCGUUGGUAGUGGAGUUGAAAUAAAAGUUAAUGAACCGUAUACAGAUGGACCCGGAGGAAACGGACAGUAUACUCAUAAAAUUUAUCACGUAGGAAGUCAUUUGCCUGGAUGGUUUAAGAGCUUGUUACCUAAAACCGCGUUGCAGACUCAGGAAGAAGCGUGGAACGCUUAUCCUUAUACUAAAACUCGAUAUACGUGUCCAUUUGUUGAAAAAUUUUCGGUUGAAAUAGAAACGUACUAUUUUCCAGACAACGGGCAUCAAGAAAAUGUAUUCCAGUUGUCUGGUAGUGAUUUGCGUAAUCGAAUUGUUGAUUUUAUUGACGUGGUAAAGGAUAAGCCUGUUGGUGCUGAUUAUGUCCAAGAAGAAGAUCCUUUGCUGUAUGUAUCCCAAAAAACAGGCCGUGGACCGCUUACUGAAAAUUGGCUUCAAGAUUAUUGGGCUGAAGUUCAAGGAAGACCACAACCUACGCUUUCAGGAAAGUCACUGAUGUGUGCGUAUAAACUUUGUAGGGUUGAGUUCCGUUACUGGGGCAUGCAAACCAAGCUGGAAAAAUUCAUUCACGAUGUGGCAUUACGGAAAACUAUGGUACGAGCGCACCGUCAAGCGUGGGCAUGGCAAGAUGAAUGGAUCGGUUUGACAAUGGAAGACAUAAGACAAAUAGAAAAAGAGACUCAAUUGGCACUGCAGCGAAAAAUGGCUGCUGCAGAAGCUGCUGAACGUGGUGAGAUGGCUAUUGAUGGCUACGAGGACAAUCACAGUGACUCAAAUACCCCAGCAGCGACACCACAGGGAGCUACUGAUGUUGCCAAAACAUUUGCUGCAACACUCGGUAGCAUUGAGAAAAACGAAGAUCUCCAAAGUCCGCCGUCUAUUCGUAAACCUUCGGAUAUUCCUGUUAUUAAUACGGCGCGUAGUUCUGAAGGUGAUAUCAGCCCUGAAGAUUCUCCUACUACAGUUUUACCACCUGGGUCAAAAAUUGCUCUUAACAAAUUUGAAACUAAAAAAGUUUGGAAGCACAGCAGUCAUUCAAUUCACUCCCCGAGUUCUGCUAAAAGCUUCGACAUCCAGAUUGCUAAUUGGCGUAUGGAGAGUAUCGUCCGUGAAUCUGAAUCAGGCAGCGAGGAUGAAUUUUUUGAUUGCCAAGCCGCUGGAAUAGUUGUACCUGAGAUACGCACAGCAGAAGACUUUGGUGACAAUACAUCUCUGGCAAAGUGGAGCUCGUUGGACCUCUUGACGGACAAAGAAGACUCCCUGUCGCCUACAGUACCAACAGCAUCAGUAGCUGGAGUAUCAUCUUCAAGCAGCAGGCAUGACGACAGUAUAUUUUCCCACUCAUACUUGCAGCGAGUCGCCAGUGAACGUAGUGGUAAAAGACUUCACAUACGUUCGUCAGCGAGUAUAGAUUUAUCAUGCCCAGCUUCACCUCAACACUCACCAACUCACCAGCCCUGUCGAACAACAGUAUUACUGAUAGUUAUGCAUGCCGGCAGUGUCCUGGAUGCCAAUGUUGAUUUAUCUGCUAAAAAAUCAGACAUAACAACAUUUCGCGGUGCCUUUGAAUCUGUUAUGCGUCAACAUUAUCCCAGUAUGGUUGGACAUAUUGCUGUAAGAUUUGUCUCAUGUCCAUCAAUAUGUACCGAGGGAUUGGGAAUAUUAUCCAGUUUAAGUCCUUACAGUUUUGACGUGUCACCCUCUUGUGUUGACUCUCCACAAAUUACAAAUGACACUAUUCCAAUAGGAUCCAUCCCACUUUUGGCAUGUUCAUCCUCAGAUUAUCAAGAUGCGGUUUCAAAAGUUAUCACCGGGGCUAAUCAAGUAUUAGGAGAAUUUAUAAAAUCGGAUGAAGGUCGUGGAUUUGCUGGACAAAUAUCAUUUGUCGGUGACUCUGUUGGUUCGAUAUUAACUUACGAUGCGCUCUGUCGGUCCGUUCAAUAUCAAUCGAGACACGACAGUGAAAAUAGUAUUUUAGAAAACGACAAUCAACCUGGAGGUGAUCAAAGUGAAGAUGGCAAACAUUUAACGGCACCUUUACCAAGAAGACGUUCAUCAUCAACCAGCGAUUCAUCUCAGUGUAAAUUAGAAUUUGACGUCAGUGAAUUUUUUAUGUUUGGCAGUCCGCUGGCGUUAGUCCUCGCUUAUCGUAAAAUAUCCUCAAGCAAUGAUAAAGGUACAACGGUUCCUAGGCCGCUUGUUAAUCAAGUCUACAAUCUAUUUCAUCCAACGGAUCCGGUAGCUGCGCGCUUAGAACCUAUUAUAUCAGCUCGAUUUUCACAGUUACCUCCGGUCAAUGUCGCUCGCUAUCAAAAAUAUCCGCUCGGCAACGGACAACCUUAUCAUUUACUUGAAGCCAUUCAAACGAAUCCACAAUUGUUUGCUGAUGGAUUGAAUGCUCCAAACACACCACUUCAGCAUCUAAGAAGAAUGUCUGACAUAUCGCUUCAAAGUACCAUGUCGGGUCUGAUUGAUAAUGUACCUUUACAAGCAGUAUCUUCCUUAACACACAAGUGGUGGGGAAAUAAAAGAAUAGAUUACGCACUCUACUGCCCAGAAGGUCUUGCAAACUUUCCAACAAAUGCAUUACCACAUUUGUUCCACGCAAGUUACUGGGAAUCAUCAGACGUAAUUGCAUUUAUAUUAAGACAAAUUGGUAGAUUUGACUUGCCAAUGCUUGGUGGUGAAGAAAAAGAUUUAGCCUGUUUCCGUCCAGGUCAGCCACGAGAAAAGUGGAAUAAAAAACGAACCUCGGUUAAACUUAAGAAUGUCGCGGCGAAUCAUCGAGCUAAUGACGUAAUCGUACGCGAAGGCUUGCCGCAGAUAUUAAUUGCAAGGUUUAUGUACAGCCCCAUAGAUGUUAUCGCAUUGACUGGCGAAAAGGUUGACAUUCAUGUGAUGAAGGAUGCACCCGCUGGAGAAUGGACAUAUCUAUCAACAGAAGUAACGGAUAAAAAUGGUCGAAUUACUUAUAGAAUACCUGAUGAUAAAGCAUUAUCUUACGGUCUUUAUCCAAUUAAAAUGGUUGUAAGAGGUGAUCACACGUCUGUAGAUUUUUUUAUGGCUGUAAUACCUCCAAAUACAGAGUGUGUGGUGUUCAGUAUUGACGGAUCUUUUACAGCAAGUAUGAGCGUGACAGGACGAGAUCCUAAAGUUCGUGCCGGUGCUGUUGAUGUCGCUAGACAUUGGCAAGAACUUGGAUAUCUAAUAAUAUAUAUAACAGCUCGACCAGACAUGCAGCAGCAAAAAGUAGUAUCUUGGUUAUCACAACACAAUUUUCCACAUGGAUUAGUGUCUUUUGCUGAUGGAUUGUCUCGCGAUCCGCUUGGCCAUAAAGCUGCUUACUUGAACAACUUGAUCCACGAGCACGGAGUAAUAAUUCAUCAGGCGUACGGUAGCAGUAAGGAUAUUGCCGUUUAUACGGCAGUUAAUUUAAAACCCCGGCAAAUCAUUAUUGUCGGGAAAGUGUCGAAGAAGCAUCAAUCACUGGCGACUGUACUCAGUGAAGGAUACGCUGCUCAUUUAACUCAACUGCAAUCUUAUGGUGGAUCAAGACCUGCUCAGGGUAACGCGAGAAUGGUGAUACCUCGAGGACAAUUUGGUUUACCUGGUUUAAAUUCGUCGCUUCGGCGAAGAAGUUCUUUUAGGACAGCCAAACGUACCAUAUCAUCUUCAAUGUUUCAAAAUAAAUCGGAACAACUGGAACGGAGCACAAGUGUCGGGCCAUCAUCGAGAAGAUCAUCACCGCCUCUUACAAAAACAACUACUUCUGAUAAACCCUGACGAUUUGCGCGCUGUCGGUCCUUUUUCGAGCCGCGGCAGUAAUCCAUUUUUUUUAUCGCCUAUUUAUUUUUAUUGUGGUUAAUAAACUGAUAAAAAAAUUAAAAAAAGUUUAAACUAAGAAGAAAUAUAAAAACAGAACAUAAAGAAGAAAUGGAUAAAAUUUUAUUGACGGAACAAACAUUUGGGAAAGUAAUUGUGAUUUAAUAAUAACUAUAUUGAACAUAAAUAUAUAUAAUAUAUAUAUAUAUUAUUGAAUCGAGCUCAAUGUUGUCAUUCUCCGGUCUCCCCAGUGCAUAGUUUAUUUUUUAUACAGCCAUACAAGUAUUCCGGAAUCAGCUUAAUAUUAAAUAAAUAAAUAAUAUUAAUAAUGAAUGAUAAUAAUAAUAAUAUCAAUAGUAAUUAAUCAGACACAUUAUUUUUUGGUAUAAAAGG